CCUUAUUUGUCUUAUUUCAUGCAGGCAUUCCUUCACCGAAUGAUCCAGUGUGCUGCAGCCAAAGUGGAUAAAAAUGUCACAGAAGAGACAGUUAAGAUGUUGUUUUCAAAUAUUGAAGAUAUUCUUGCAGUUCACAAGAACUUCCUGUCCCUCGUGGAGGAGUGUUUGCAGCCAGAACCCAGCGCACACCAUGAAGUUGGAACUUGCUUUCUUCAUUAUAAAGAGAAAUUUCGUAUCUAUGAUGAAUACUGCAGUAACCAUGAGAAGGCACAGAAAGUUCUGCUUGACCUCAACAAAAUAAGAACAGUGCGGACAUUUCUUCUGAAUUGCAUGCUCCUUGGAGGACGUAAGAACACAGAUGUACCAUUGGAGGGAUAUCUUGUAACACCAAUACAGAGAAUAUGCAAGUAUCCUCUUCUUUUGAAGGAGUUACUGAAGCGGACUCCAAGGAAGCAUAGUGACUAUGCAGCAUUAAUGGAAGCCCUCCAGGCCAUGAAAGCUGUCUGUUCCAACAUAAAUGAAGCCAAGAGACAAAUGGAGAAAUUAGAGUUUUUGGAAGAAUGGCAGUCUCAUGUUGAAGGAUGGGAGGGGUCCAACAUCACUGAUACAUGCACAGAAAUGCUGCGAAGUGGACUGCUUCUGAAAAUUUCAGCGGGAAAUAUCCAAGAGCGGAUAUUCUUUCUCUUUGAUAACCUUUUGGUAUACUGCAAAAAAAAGCACAGGCGAUUGAAGAACAGCAAAGCAUCUACAGAUGGCCAUCGUUACCUCUUUCGGGGCAGAAUAAACACAGAAGUGAUGGAAGUAGAGAAUGUAGAUGAUGGAACAGGUGAGUAUAUUUGUGCUGCUCAUUUACAGAGUAGUCUAUCAUGGUGCUGA